UCUGCCACGUGGCUACCGUUUUGUAGGAGAAAUGACGUUGGAGAUAGAAAUCCCGAUGCCUUCUUUGCUUCUUCUAAUCACGAUUCGUAUUCUAAGAGAGAAGAGAUUAAGAUAAUGUAUGAUAAAAUGAAAAUGAGAGUAGAAACUACAUAUGAAAAAUGGAAGAUUGGAGAUGAAUAUUUGAAUGGAGAAGAAGAGUGUAUGGCUUUUAAUCAAUGGACCAAAUCCUUUACUCCUCAAAAUCAUCCCACUGUUAUUAAGGUACUAUUGGAUAGUAGUAAAAAUAAAGACAUUUGUGGAGAGGCAUUGCCGAAUCUCAUAUAUGUUUCAAGGCAAAAAAGUGUAACUUCUCAUCACCAUUUCAAGACCGGUGCUCUUAAUGUUCUGCUUCGGGUAUCAGCUAUAAUGACCAAUGCACCAGUUAUUCUCACUUUGGAUUGUGACACAUAUUCCAAUGAUCCUCAAACAGCAACUCGUGCCUUGUGCUAUUUCUUGGAUCCAAAACUUGGGAACGACUUAGGUUAUGUUCAGUUCCCUCAACGGUUUUGUGGAGUUAGCAAAAACGAUAUCUAUUGUGGAGAGUUAAAACAUUUAUUUAUAAUAAAUUCAUCUGGCAUGGAUGGAUUAUUAGGCCCGAAUUACGUUGGUAUAGGGUGUUUCUUUGCUCGGCGGGCAUUCUUUGGAGUUCCAUCAUCACUUGAGUUACCCGAACUCUCCAAACUUAGUCCAAAUCAUGUUGUUGAAAGGCACAUUAAAUCUCAAGAGGUCUUGGACUUGGCCCACUUAGUUGCGAGUUGUGAUUACGAGAAUAAUACUAAAUGGGGGUUUCAGUUGGGGUUUAGAUAUGGAUCUUUGGUGGAGGACUAUUUUACGGGGUAUUGUUUACAAUGUGAGGGGUGGAAGAGUUUGUUUUGCAAUCCAAAAAGGGCAGCUUUUUAUGGUGAUGUGCCGAUAACACUACUUAGCGUGGUGAAUCAAAUGAAAAGAUGGAGUGUUGGUCUUUUGGAAGUCACUUUCUCAAAAUACAACCCAAUCACAUAUGGUGUAAGGUCCAUGGGUCUUUUAAUGGGUCUUUCUUAUGCCCAUUAUGCAUUUUGGCCAUUUUGGUCUAUUCCGGUUACCGUUUACGCAUUCCUCCCUCAGCUGGCUCUCAUUAGUGCCACUCAAAUCUUCCCAAAGGUUUGGGAUGCAUGGUUUGUAGUAUAUAUAUUGUUGUUUCUUGGAGCUUAUGGGGAAGACCUUGUAGAGUUCAUCCUUUUCGGAGGAACAUUCCAAAGAUGGUGGAAUGAUCAAAGAAUGUGGAUGAUAAGAUCUGGAUCUAGUUUAUUAUUUGGAUGCAUAGAGUUUACAUUGAAGUCUCUUGGGAUUAAUUCCAAUUUUGGUUUUAACAUCACGGGCAAAGCAAUGGAUGAAGAACAAAGCAAGAGGUAUAAGAAAGAGUUGUUCGAGUUUGGAGUUUCUCACCCAUUGUUCGUUCCCAUUACCACCGCAGCCAUCGUCAACUUGGCUAGUUUCAUCUGUGGGCUGAUUGAAAUUUGGAAAUCAGGCGGGGCAUGGGAGCAUUUGUUUGCUCAAAUGUUGGUGGCUGGAUUUGGUGUGGUGAAUUGUUGGCCAGUUUAUGAAGCCAUGGCUUUGAGGAAUGAUGGAGGGAAGUUGCCACCUAAACUCACUUUCUUCUGUUUUUCUCUUGCUUUACUUCUUUGCUCUUUUGCUGCUUUCUUUCGCUAGACAAAAUGCUUUCAGUUGAAAAUGUUGUCUAGUCAAUGAUUAGAAUGAUUUAUCAUAAAAUUAGAUUUUUGUUUUUUCUUUUGUAAUGUUUAAUUCUCUAAGAUAUGUAGACGUUUUUUUUUUAUCUAAUUUAUAUUUGAGAUUAA